GUGUGAUAAAUUUUCGUAAACAAAAGGUGCAAAGUUUUCACGCAAAGUCCGCAAGCGGUUUAGAAAAGUUAAGUUUUUACCAGUAAAUUCGUAAUUUUCAACUGAUAGAUCAUGACUGACGCAGUUGCCGAAACCGCAGACAAAGAGCUGGCAUCGAACGUAGAAAAUCUCUCCCUAGAACCACAGAAAGUGGAAAAACAGGAAACUAAAAAAAUUGAUAUAAUUCUCCAUGCAACGGGUAGCGCUCCGAUACUGAAGCAAAAGAAAUGGGCCGUAGACCAGGAGAAGCCGAUAAGCGCUAUCAUAAAAUUUAUUCACAAGUAUCUCAAACUCGAGCCUGGCGAGAAAUUGUUCUUAUACAUAAACCAAACGUUUGCACCAUCGCCAGAUCAGAUAAUUAAGAACCUGUACGACUGCUACGGUGCAAAUGGGAAACUAGUGCUGCACUAUGCCAAGAGCCAAGCCUGGGGAUGAAUCACGCCCACGAUACGGUAAGAUCAAAAUUUCUCCUAAACUGCUUGUUUGGCGUUUUGGAAAGCUUUCUACAUUCUGAUUCUAAGUCAUUUAUUGUAUAAGAUAUUAGCCACAGCCUCAUUAAUAGAUGUGGGACAGAAAAAGUUCACUGCUUUCCCCUAG